AUGGCCAACAACUCCUUGUCAACUGCCCGGGCCUCUGAGCCCAAAAAACCUUCCCUUCCCACCCCUCCCCCAAGAUCUCCCGUCCGCCGUGCUCCAAUGGGCACGGAGCCCACCAUCACCACCUCUGAUGGAUGGGUACACAUCACCCUCCGCCCUGCCCCCAUCACUGCUCGGCCUUCGAGGCCUAUGUACGAUAGAGUCCGGGACCGCCGAUGGCACCUUCAAGGCUCCCGAGUUGGGCAGAAGUCCCGUGGUCAAGAGCCACAGGACAAUGCGAGUGAGGCGACGACGGAGUUGGACCCGGAGGAGAGGAGAGAGAGGGAGGAGGAGGGCGGCUCUGAAGAGGCAGAGAAGGAGAGGACGGUGUACGGGGGUGAGGAGAAGGUGGUUGGGGAUGGAGAGAAGGAGGUGAGAAGGGAGAUGAAGUGA